CCCGUCCAGAGGAAAUGCGCUUGCGCAGAAAUCAACAGGGACCUGACUGGUGAUUUUGAGUCACGUGACAGGAUAUCGCUUGACCGCUGCCUGCAUUGCAGCUAUGACAACAAAGUUUGAAAAUCGAGUUUAAUGGAAAUGAAAAGGAUUUCUGCGUCUAAAAAGCCCACAAAGUCUCUUAAAUGUACCGUCUACGCAAACAUCCGGUCUGUCACCUGUCCAGGUGUGUUUCUGGAAAAGAGGAGCAGCAUCUACCUCACCAUGUGCAUCAUGGGACAGCACAAAACAACGCCAUCUUUACCUCCUGUUUUUCCUUUACUCUUCCACCACAAGAUGACUUUUGUAAAGACCUUCUGGGGCGUUGUUGACCCUGCUGAUGUAGCUGACCUCCUGGAAGCUGACACAACAUCUUUUCAGCUGAUUCAGUCGGCCGCUCCAGAGGGGGAGAUUCUAGCCUCGAUGGAGGAAAGCAGCAGAGAUUUCUUGUUUCCCAAGCUGACCUCCACCAGAGAAGGUGCCUGGAGAGAAGUUCUGUUGAAAAGAUCCUCCUCGUUUCCUGGAAUCUCCCCCAGAGUGGAGUUUACCACAACAUCAAUCAUAGAGGAGAGUGAUGGAGCGGAUGAGCACGCCACCGAGCGCGCCGCCGAGCACGCCGCCGAGUGCGCCGCCUCACCUACCUCCUGUGAUUCCCCGAUGAGACUCUCUCAAAUCAGACGGUCUUCACCAACCGGUGGGAACAGUUCAGCCUUCAAAGCCGACCAGAGUCUUCCCCAAAACACGAAGGGAAGAAAACGCGCCGCGGACGCCGGCUACCAGCAGCCCACAGUGGCGUCCAGGGCCCGAUCCCUGUCCCCGUACACGCACCGCAAGAUGUGCCAGCUCUCUGAGGACGCCCGGCAGAGACUCGGCCAUCUCCGGCUGGGGCCGCACCUCUUCAGGAAGGAGACGGAGCUCCAGCCGCCCUUCCUGGUUCCUCGCCGCCGUAACGUCUCAGCGCUGGAAGGUCCUUCCUCAUCCUCGGAGCGCCAUCACAGUCGACUUCGACGCUCUCUCAGCUUAUCAGCAGACGCGUCUCUUCUGGGGAGUUACAGACCGAGAACAGACAAAGUGGAAUCUGCUCUGGUGAAGGUCCAGCCUCCAGAAGCCUCACCUGCACACCGAGCUCCCAUCAGAAGUCCUCCAGAUGCCAGCAGCCUCAGAGACAGGCUGCAGAAAGCUCCGUCCUACUCGCAGCAGAUCCACAGCCGAGUCCAGAAGCUGCUGCAGACGCACAAAUCCACCUGGAACCAGAACCUUGACCCCUGAGCUGGGCAGCUUGACAUCGAACCUUUUGGGGUCCAGAGAGCCUCUCAUCUUCAGGACCUGCAGGUCUCCCUUCAGCUCCUGGGAAACUUCUGGAGCUUUCAUGUUGAACCAGCCGUCUCCUGUGGAUUUCUGCCUCUCGGCCUGAAAACAAACAC